AUCUUAUUUUUUGUAUCUAAAAUGAGGAUGUUUUUACAGCUUAGUUUUUAGAUUUUGCUCCAGUAGCGACAUCGGCACAGUUCUUAUCUCUUCUUCAAACCUGCUGCCUGUUAUCACAUUCAAUCGUUAUGGAAGAUCUCGGAUAGGUCUAAGCUAUCGUUAUGUCGGUGACCUUGUUACAAGCGAUGUCAGUGUUGUGCAAGUGACGGAUCCCAUACCAAUCGUUACAAAUCCGCCAGUACCACCACCGACACCGAUAAUCGUAACCCAACCACCUCCGAUCAGGACAGCCCCACCGCCGACUACCACGACCUCGAGGCCGAUGAACUGGUUCUUUUUAGCUGCGGAAUUAUUGCAUUCUUCGGGUACUGUCGCUCUCCAAGUGUACGUAUGCAAUGUUUACGAGCUUGUGGAGUCUGUUGAUGGCAAUAAAGCUUUAGAAUUUUGUAUUCCAAAUAUAUAUGUACAUAAAUCACAAUAA